AUGAUCUUCAUAAAGAGCAUUAUCUUCUUUUUUGCGUUGGCGAUUAUGCUGUCAGACGCUAAAAGAAUAAAAAGAAAUGCUUCUCAUAUUUUCGUACAACGUUUGAGACCGUAUCUAUGUUAUAAUAAUGAAGUGUGCGAUUUGUCGACUUACAAUCCUUGGUACAUCGACGAAUUUAAAUACUGGGUCCAAAAUGAAACCUAUUUAUGCCGCAAAAACUAUGAUCAAGUUCAUAAAGACAUAUCACCAAUUAGUGAAACAUUGACGAAAAAAUGGGGUUUUGAAGGCUCUACACACCCUGGACCUAUUGAUCAUUUGAACUUAAGAUGGAGAUACGAUGGAAUUUGUGUCGAUGAAUUGGAAUAUUUUCACAAGUCACUCGAGUUGUUUGAUAACAGCCCAACAAGUCCCGAACGAAGGUGUUUAGAUGGCAGCCAAAGAAGUAGACAACCAGUGCAGAAUAUUUAUUUUUCAUAA